AGCCACCAUCCAGAUGUAGUCGUUGAAUCGCUAAAGUCCAUUUUGCUUAGUAAUAAAUUGGUACGACACCUUAAAAAUGAAAAGGUCGUUGUAGCUCAUUUGGUUUUAGUUUGUCUAAAAUUAUACUAGUGGUGCUUAAUAAAAUUAUAUGUGAAAAGAGGUGAUUAUAUACAAGUAUUUAACAAAACAGUAAGAUAGGCCUAGUACUACAAAGCAGAAGCUUGAACUCGUGCUCGGACAUUGAACCCUAACCAGAAAAGUAAGAAAGAAACAAGAAGGAAAGAAAAGUAGAUAAAAAAAAAAAUGAGCUUCAAAGCAACUACUCCAACCCUUCCCUUCAUUGAUUUCACUAAAACGGAUGAUCAGCCGAUGAAGCCGGGCACUCCCGAGUGGGAAGCACUGAAAUCCCAAGUGUUCGCAGCGGCGAAAGAUUUCGGCUGCUUCAGAGCUCGCUUCCCAGACACACCCCUCCAAGCUGCAAAGGCACUCACCGCCCAACUCAAGCAACUCUUCGACCUCCCUCUCGAAACCAAGCAGCGAAACGUUUCGGAAUUGCCGUUCGGCGGGUUCAUCGGCCAAUCCACUUUCGCCCCUUUGUACCAGAGCUUCGGGAUCGACGAUCCUUCCAGCAUCGAUAAGCUCCAAAUCCUGACCCACGCCCUCCUACCAGAAAACCCAUCUUUGAGCGAAACAAUUCGGUCAUUCGGCAAGGAAGUGUCGGCGGUGGAGGAAACGAUCAGGGUAAUGUUACUGGAGAGCCUUGGUAUCCAGAAGUACAAGGAAGAGCAUCUCGAAUCGUCGUUCGACACGUUGAGAUUCAUGAAGUACGAUGGGAUCAGCGAAGAAGAAGCCGUUGGUGGAGAGCACAAGUUGGGGCUGAACUCUCACAUGGAUCAGGACCUGAUGACGGUUCUCUACUCCAACUGGGCUGGCGAGCUGGAGAUCUUCACCAAAGAUGGCCGGCACUGGAUCAGCUCGGAAGCCACUUCAGAUGACUUUGUGGUCUUCGUCGGAGAAUCUCUUCACGCGUGGACCAACGGGCGACUGCACUGUCCGUACCAUAGAGUGAAGGUGACGGGAAGGGAGGUGAGAUACUCGGCGGCAGUGUUCACAGCGUUUAAAGUGGGUUACACGGUGGAGGCGCCGGCGGAGCUGGUGGACGAGGAGCAUCCUUUGCUGUAUAAGCCGUUUGAUCAUUUGGACUUCUUGAAGCUGUUGGAGAGAGAUGCCGGGAAGGCGUAUUUUGGGGAUGAACUCAAUGCUUAUACCCCUCUCAAGGCUUAUUAUGGUAUUUCUCCUAUUGAUUAAUAGUUUGUCAUGUUUGUAAUAUAAUUUCAUUAAUGACGAUUUCUCUUGUGUAGUUCGUCCACUUCCCUUUUUCAUUUUAUGGUAUUGUGCCAAUGUCUCUUUGUGAUGUCGAAACUUUUUCCAACAUUUAUGUGUCCAAUCUUGCAACUCGCAACUCAGGGGCAGAGCUAGGAUUUGAAUCUCCGCGUCGGGAGGGAGGGCGAAGUUGUUUAGUUUACCAUGACAAAAAAAGUUUAUAGAACUUUUAUUAUUAUAACGAAAAAAGAAUUGAUAUAAUUAUUUACUAUGUGAUAUGGUCAAAACAAAUUAUUAAAUUGCGA